CUUUUUUUUUUUUUUUGGCAUUUAUUCCAGAAGACGGAAUGGACCUGAAACCUAGAGGGAGGAGUUCAGCUUCUACCUGAGAAUGAGGAGAACCGUUUGCAGGGAAGAAUGGAUGGCCCUCAGCAAAGAUUUCGAGGAGCUCGCUCUGUGGGGAAGGCCCGUUUGCCUAGGGCGACUUCCUCCAAGGAACUCCGACACAGGAAGAGCCGAGCAGAGUCAGGGGACCGCCGACCGCCGGAAAGGAUCGUGCAACGGAGAGGAGAACCUGACUGGGAGGAGACCUCUGACAGCAGCUCUGUGGUCGUGAUUGAGGAGCAGUGGGAUGUUGGAUGUGUGUCCGAUUUUGAGGACGUUGGGGACGUCUCUGCCGGGAUGGAGGCUGCCAUAGGGGAAAGAUCUCUGGGGGAAGGAACAGAGCUAUUUCUUUAUCCAAAGGGGGCCCUGCCAGGGGUUGAGUUUGCAAUGGAUGAAUCGGAGGGAAAAAACUCUUAUCAAGGGGAAGGCCAGGAGGAAGCUGAACUGAUCCUGUGUCCAGAGGCAGGCCUGGCAAGGGAAGAUUCUGAGGAGGAGGAGGACAUCGGUUAUGAAGGUGGAUCCCCACUUGAGGUUGAAUCUGAGAUGGCCCUUGAUCUGGAGGGUUCCAAUGGGGAGGGAUCUGAGGGUCUGCCCUACUGGGGAGGAGCUGCCCUGGGGGAAACAGAUGCUGGUGGCGAAUUGGAGUCGAUUGUUUACCAGGGUGGUUCUCCAGCAAGGCAGGGAUCUAGCGGGGAGGAACGGGAAGAAAUCCACUCCCAGCAGGGCUCCCUUUCUGGGAAUGCAUCUGAUGAGGAGGCCGUCGCUGAGUGGGCCGUGCCUGUGGUGGAAAUGGUUGCUGAGCAACGCCCUCCCAAGCCACGCCACAUCUGCAGCGAGUGUGGCCGCAGCUUGGCCAGCCAUUCGGCUCUCGUCCGGCACUGCCUCAUCCAUACCGGAGAGCUGCCGUACGCUUGCACGGAGUGCGGGCGCCGCUUCCGUCAGUCCUCAGCCCUCGUCCGCCACCUCCGGGCUCAUCGGGGCGAGCGGCCGUACAUCUGCAGUGAGUGCGGCAAAGCGUUCGGGGUCCGGUCCGCCCUGGUGCGCCACCAGCGGGCCCUGCACACGAGCGAGAGGCCCUACGUGUGCGGGGAGUGUGGCAAGGCCUACGCAGACCUUUCUCUCCUGACCAAGCACCAGCUGCUUCACGUCAAUGGGCGGCCCUUUACUUGUCCCGACUGCGGGCAGUCGUUCGGGCACCGCACCACCUUGACCCAGCACCGGCGCAUCCACACGGAGGAGCGGCCGUACCGUUGCGUGGAGUGCGGGCAGACCUUCCGGCAGAACUCCGCCCUGGCCAACCACCGCCAAGUCCAUUCGGGAAAGCGGCCCUUUUCGUGCCAGUACUGCAGCAAAGCCUUCGCCGGGCGGCCCACUCUCGUCCAACACCUCCGGACCCACACGGGGGAAAAGCCGUACACUUGCCCGGACUGCGGCCGCCAAUUCAGCACCAGCUCCAACCUCCUGCAGCACCGGAGGAACCACCUCGGCGAGCGCCCCUUCGCUUGCUCCCUGUGCGGCCGGCGUUUCGCCCGGCGGCCCGACUUGGCUCGGCAUUACGUCACCCACGCUGAAGGCAGCGUCCGGCCUCACCGCUGCGGGGAGUGUGGGAGGCGCUUCGUGGAGUUGGCGGAUUUGGAGCAGCACCGGGCCACGCACCGCGGGGAGCGGCCGUACGUCUGCAGCUUCUGCGGCAAGUCCUUCACGGAGGCCGCCACGCUGGGCCGCCACCGCCGCUCACACCUCCCCACCGCUCAGCAGGCCUACAAGUGCGAGGCGUGCGGGCAGACCUUCGGGCAGAGCUCGGACCUCCUGGCCCACGGGCGGGUGCACAGCGGGGAGCGCCCCUACGCCUGCGCCGACUGCGGCAAGGCCUUCGGCCGCAGCUCCAACCUGGCGCGCCACCGGCGGGUGCACACCCACGAGCGGCCCUACGCCUGCGGGGACUGCGGGAAGAGCUACACCCAGAGCACCCACCUCAUGGAGCAUCAGCGGCAGCACACCGGGGAACGGCCCUACGAAUGCGCUGACUGCGGGAGGUCCUUCGGCAAGAAGGGGCACUUGGACUCCCACCGGCGCGUGCACCGCCCCUUGGCUGGAUCCCCCGGAGGGGAAGAGGACGGGUCCCUCGUGGAACACGUUGAUUCAGGCUGCUCCCAGGGCGUAUGAAGGACCCGGUUGCGGGUGGGGCGGGAGCAAGGCCUAACUUGAGCUUGGCUUAGCCCUGCAAACUCUUUUACAUGCCACUGUCCUGUCCUAAGUCUAGAAGCCCGUGGAGGCGGGUGGCUCCCAGGUCAGUGAGGCGUCGGAUCUGCUCCGGGUUUCAGUCAGGCCUUGGAGAGCUCUUUUAGAGUCCUGACUGAAACCUGGAGCGCCUCCGUGGGUCUCUAGACUAAGUUUCCCAACCUGGCGCCCUCCAAAUGUGUUGGAAUACAACUCCCAUCAUGGUGGUUGGGGAUGGUGGAAGUUGCAGUCCAGUACAUUCAGAGGAUACCAGGUUUGGGGAAGGCUGGUCAAUAGUAUAGCAAUAAAGAGCAUGUGACAGCAGGUUACAGCGAGCAUCCGACUCCAGUAACCACCUUCUGUCCGUUUGUCGUUAGAGGAGAACGUAUUCCUGGCCCGAGGCCGGCAUAAGCACUUGUAUCUUACGUAUUAGGAAUCGUAUAAGAGCAUUUUGGAAUGGCCUCCUCUUACAUUUACGUUUGGCGAUGGUGUGGUAGAGCAUUGGUUCAAGCGAAUGGUUGCAGGAUAGAACACAGGAGUGCAAAUUCCCUGUAGGGCAGAUCUCGUCCAGCCCCUCCUUCCAGAGCUGGCUUUCAACUGCAGCGGUUUUGGGCUCGUAGAUCGUAUUGGUUAUUCAAACCAUUGAAUUCCACUCCCCUCCUUGAAUGAAGAAAAGUAGCCUCUCAGGGGCUGCUCCUCUCCUUCUGUUCUGACUUCUUCACCUCCAUUUCUUUCCCAAGAUGCAAAGAGAAACCAAUAGUUGUGUUUUCCUUCACUGCCUUUUGAAAUGUUUAAAUAUUAUCCCCCCAUUGGGCAUCCUCAGCGCUCAGGAGUCAUGCCCUGUCCUGAGCGGGUCGGCCCAAAUUCACUCUGGAGGAACCAAGCUACGUGUCCUCAAGACUUCCCUCCUCUACCUCGCAUCUGUUGAGCUGCUGUGCUUUGCUUCAGGUCUGCAAAUAAUAUAAAAGGAUCUCUUUGUUAUAUAUUCCAUAAGUGUUUGAGAAUUUGCCUGGGCGUGCGUGUCAUUCACAAGUGUGGGGUGUUUUUCGUUUUUAAAAAAGUU